AGUUCAUUACACGACCAACAUCUUUCGGCCUAGCGCCUAUUCAUCAAUGAAUUUUUAAUUUGUUGUUGUGGUGGUAGAACAAAUUCAUUUGUUAGUAUUUCAGUUCAUAGCCCAGGAAACAGAGAUAAAACGUUCCAGCUUGCGCACCGCCCUGCGGAACUGCCGUGACAAUGGUGUUCCUCGGCGGAGCUUUGAUUCCACAUGGAGCGAUGAUACUGGAUCCAAAGAAAUCCGUUUGUCCGCGUUUCUGCAGGGCUCCCGGACGGCGCAGUUGAGCUGCACAAGAAGACCAUGGAGAUGGCCAGAGAAAUCGCCGCACUGGAUGUGGAAGUGCUUGUCCUGCUCACACCGCACGGCCUGAGCUUGAACAAGGACAUUGGCGUCUACUUGAACGCUGAAGCAGACGGUACUGCUGAGUGGAACAAGCAAUGGACGGAGUUUGAAGUCAAGACGGAGCUAAGCCGUACAAGAAGUACGGAAUUGCUUGAGGCAUGGCAAAGUGACGGUGUAUCUGCUCAAGGUCUGAUGGCAUUCUCGGACCUUCGUGCUCCUCUGGCUUGGGCUGAAGUCAUUCCGCUUUGGUUUAUCAAGGAGGCCGGCUUCACGGGAGAGGUAGUGAUCGCUUCCAUUCCCUGGUCACGGAACAAUCACUGGAUGUGCGUAGACGAAGCAAUGAUUGACCAAUACUACCUAGCAGGAGAGGCAUUGGCACGGUUCAGUUCAGAGGGAGUAUGGAAAGACAAGCGAGUGUUUCUUGGUGUGUCAGGUGACCUUGCUCACACUCAGCCCACCACCUUCACAGACCCUCUCUACCUGCCUGAUCCCGACAUGAGCUUCAGGGUCUGCCCCAAGGAGGCCAGUGAGUUUGAUCAGCGCGUAGAGGCAUGGGCACUGGACAGUGCCCGAGGGAGAUCACUGGCUCAGCGCUGCAUCGAGCUUGAGCGCAUCGCGAUGUCGUGCGGCAUUUGCGGCUGUCUCGUGCUAGAAGGUGCCCUGCACGUGUUUGAGCGUACGGGCCAGUCGUAUUCCGGGAAACUCUUCAUCAGAUGCGUACCGACGUAUUACACAAUGAUGUCGUGUAUGUUCGUACGCUAGCAUCAGAUCAUCAGAGUCCUGCGUGUGGGUUUCUCUAGGCACUGACAUUUCAUUUAAACAUUCUGCAAUGUGCUCAACCUUUCAGCUAGGGCUGCAACGGGUAGGGGUUUGGUCGGGUAUUUUAUCCGGGUAGCACAGGCACCCUAUCGCUUAUUUUUGGACAUAGCGUGUAGAGUGAGUGUGCACUCGCGCUACAUAGAAAGGUUACAGGAAGCGCAUAGCCAUGCUUUUUACGUGCACCGUUGCUAGUACACAGUACUUCAACUACUGUAGAACUGGUAAUUUUAGCGACGUAAAAACCCUAGCGAAUUUAGCGAUCGACUCAUUUUCGCUAACAUUUCAAGUCGCUAAUCCGUUGAGACAUUAGUAGUGCACUGGUGAUCCGUGAGUAAAAAUCGGUGCAAAUCGCUAAAAUAAAAUGUCGCUAACCGGUUGACAAUGGGAAAACGCUAAAAUUAAUAGUCGCUAAAAUUACCCGCUCUACAGUACCCGAUCGGGUUCGCAGGAGCAAAUUGCUACCCGAAUACCCAAUCUACUUACGGGCAGCACGGGUAUCCUACUGCCCGUUGGCAACUCUACUUACAGACCACUCUUCUCAGUUUUGUUCUAGCCUGAGAGAACUGCUAGGCUUUCUGGAGUUUUCUUUGUUUGUUUCCAUUAAUGUUUACAUUGCAAAGCCAAACGUGCAUUUGCGCACUAUUUCGAUUGCGAUGGGAAUAGUAUGAGAAUACCAGUAGCCAUGAGCAAUUUGUAACUCUGACCGCAAGCGUACUUGAAUGCCUUUUUUCCGAUAUAGAUCCUGCCUUCACCCGUUGAUAUCGUACAUUUGUAACUCUGACCGCAAGCAUACUUGUGUAGCGUUGGCACGCUGGGGACUUCAAAGCGUAUAGCGUUUAGUGUUUAGAGUAUAGCAUAUCCCCGUACUGUAUCCCCAUACGUUAGCGUAUCCCCGUACAUUAGCGUACGGAGUCUGCCUUUGUAUCAAAGCUGCUGAUCACGAUUCUUUUAUAGCCAGUUAGUUAAUUUCAUGGCCAGAUAUAGUUAAUUUCGUUUCCAGUACAUUUUCAAUUGCCAAUUACAGUGUGUUCACUGAGA